AUGCUAGCUUGGUCUAUUGAGAUUAGCCCCUACUGCUUAGAGUACCGACCUCGCAUAACCAUAAAAUCUCAAGCUCUCGCCGACUUCAUAGCGGAGUGCUCCUUCAAUGAAAAACAAGCAGAACCUGGUGAGACAUCCUCGGGAGCAUUAGAAGGAGAAAGAGAAAGGCAGUCCCCUCAAGAAUUCAGCUGGAAGUUGUAUGUGGACAGGGCAUCCAGCGCUGGGGGCAGCGGCACGGGAAUAAUGCCGAAAGGACCUGAAGGGUUCAAAGUUUGCUAUGCUCUGUGCCUGGAGUUUAAUGCCUCCAACAAUGUAGCAGAAUAUGAAGCCCUAAUAAAUGGGAUGCUGAUCGCAAUGGAAGUAGGGGCAACUGACCUCGAGAUAAAUAGCGACUCCCAAUUAGUGAUCAGCCAAAUAACGGGGGCAUAUCAGGCAAGAGACCCGACCAUGCAGAACUACUUGGCGAGGGUAAAGGCCAUAGAGGCUGAGCUAGGAAGCCAAGGGAUCAUGGUAAGAUACCAAAGAAUACCUCGGGAAGAAAACGAAGAGGCAGACCUACUCAGUCGACUGUCUGAAGAAGAGCUGGAACAGCUCCCGGACAAGGUAUACAUACAACAUAUCAGUGCUCCUGCCUUUGAAAAAGCAAAUACCGUAAUGGAGAUCGAGGAAAAACGGAACUGGAUGACCCCAUACCUCGAUUAUUUGGAGAAGGGAAAGCUCCCUAAGGACAAAGCUGAGGCAAAGAAAAUUGCGGCUCGGGCUGCCAACUACCAAGCGGUAAGGGGAACCCUGUACCGAAGAGGGAAGUCCAGCCCAUGGCUCCGGUGUGUGAGCCCGAAAGAAGCUGUAAGGGUGAUGGAAGAAAUACACCAAGGAAUCUGUGGAGCCCAUGAAGGAGCAGGGACAUUGGCAAACAAAAUAUUCAGACAGGGAUACUACUGGCCCACCGUCAAAAGGGAGGCCGAGGAGUUUAUCCGUAGAUGUGAUGUAUGCCAAAGGUUUGCCAACGCCAUCAACGUUCCAGCCACACCUCAGUCCAGCAUAUCCAGCCCAUGGCCGUUCUCGCAGUGGGGCAUAAACAUCCUAGGGCCUUUUCCCAAGACUACAGGACAGAAGAAGUUUGUAAUAGUGGCUGUGGAGUACUUUUCAAAAUGGCCAGAGGCAGAGGCAGUCCCCACAAUUACAGCAAGAAAAAUGAUAGAUUUCGUCUGGGCAACAUUAUAUGCAGGUUUGGCAUACCGAGGGUGCUCAUAUCAGACAAUGGCAGGCAAUUUGACUGCAAUGCUUUCAGGAAAUUCACGAGAAAUAUGGGGAUAUGGCAUAAAUUCUCCUCAAACUGCGCCUAGAACGCUGACCAAAGAGACACCUUUCGCACUUGCAUUUGGCACUGAAGCUGUAGUUCCAAUAGAACUGCAAGUUCCUACACACCGAGUCCAGUUCAAUAGCGAGAACACCAACAGAGGAAGUGAGAGAAGAAGCUUAGAUUCGUACCGCUGCAUAUCAACAGAGGGCAGCUCACUACUACAACCAAAGAGUCAGGGAAAGGAGCUUGAAGGUAGGAGACCUAGCAUUGAGAAACUUGAAAGCCACUGGAAAAAGAGCUGCAGUGGGAAAAAUGGCGCCUACCUGGGAGAGCCCUUUCAGAAUAAUCAAAGUAAUCAAACCAAACGUGUAUCGAAUUGGGGACAUGUAAGGGAACCCUGA